AGAAUACUUGUAAACACCCGGCUACCAAUAUCUACUCUUCUACUAAUGGACGCUAACGAGCACCACUCUUGGUGGGACCCAGGCAGUACAGAUUGGAUAGAAGACCAACACUUUAGCCUUCUAAACACGCCAGGCACAGCUACUUUCUUUAGACCCUAUCUAUCUAGAGAAACAACGCUAGAUCUAUCUAUCGCCACACUAGAUCUAGAAGACAAAGUUAAAGACUGGUAAACUACGACAGAAACUGGAUCUGAUCACUACGGGAUACUCUUCUCAAUCCAGACAAUAAAGAACCUAGUUAGUAACUCUACUAGCCAAAAAAGAUAUAAUACGAAAAGGGCAGACUAGAACCUAUUUAGAGAAGAGCUAGACAGAGCUAUCUAGAGCAACCAAGCUCUCCAAGGCCUAGAUCAGAUUAACCAACCAAGAAAAGCAGAUUUAAGAAACUUACUCCUAAGCCAAGACAACGAGCUUAAGCUGCAGCUAGACGCAAUU